AUCAACACUAUCAUUGCUAAAGAAAUUAUCAAGAUUAGAGCCGAAAUUAAUAAUGAUCUUACUGCAAAAAUAAAUUCCCAUGAUGCUAAUUAUGCAACGGAAGCACAGAAUAUCAUUGCCAUGAUUAAUGAUGCAUAUGAGAAAUAUAAUGAAAUCAAACAUGUUCUAGAAACCUAUCAUAAUAAUUUUAAUCAAAUU